ACGAAGAAACUUAUUCAGAAGAAAGCAAUCUACCUCAACAACAGUCAGUCAGGAAACCACAACUGCGCUUUCCAAUAACGUUGCCAGUCCUACGGAAGCACCUCCACGUAAAGUACAAUUCCGCAAGCGUCUUCCAACAACAUCCAUUGUUCCGGAAACAACGGUGAUUCCCCAGGUGAGCGUGACACCACCCGCGAUUACCCUGACGACCCCGGUUCACGACCAGCAAGCGCUGACCAGUCUUAGGGAGGCGGAGUCCAUCGAGGAUUCGGAGAGCGACAUCAGAAAACAAAAACUCAGACCCGAUGACACGCUGGAUAAUUAUUAA